CCUUAUAAUGGCAUCAGUAAUGCUCGAGUACUGAAUUGCGGUUUGUGUACAAAUAUUGUGGUUUCACUUUUAUAUCUGUUCUUUUAGGGCAGAGUUAUAAUUUAAUUAAAUUGAAGGUUAAGAUAACUGAAGUAUGUCCAAAAAUACAACUUCUUCUGCUUUUAGAAAAAUAGAUGUUGAUCAGUAUAAUGAUGACUAUUAUAAAGAAGAAGAGGGAAGUGAACCACAUUCACCUCCCACUGGACCUGAUGAGCAGGAAAUCCAAAAUUUGAUUAAUCAAGGCAAACAUAUUGAUGCUAUGAAGAACCUUUUACGAACUGCUCCAACAGGGACAAAAAAUCAGUGCAUUAAAGAUGCUGCUUUUAAUUUAGUGCUUAAAGUGAUAUUAUCUAUAAAAACUAGUGAUAUUGAAAAAACCGUUGCACAACUAGAUAGAGAUCAAAUUGAUAUGUUAAUGAAGUAUGUUUAUAAAGGAUUUGAAAAUCCCUCCGAAGGUAGAAGUGCACACCUUCUUGCUUGGCAUGAAAAAGUAUAUGCUGCUGGUGGAAUGGGAAGCAUUGUAAGAGUGCUCACUGAUAAGAAACAUGUUUGACAUUUAGUUGUUGCGGGAAAAAUAUUCCUCAAUAUUGAGUAGGAAUAUAUUUAAGCUGUGUACAUUUAAAUAAUUCUCUUAACUAUCUAUCUUUCAAUGUUCUCAUCAGUGAACAUAAGCUUGUAAGUGAUUGUAACAAGUGAUUAAAAAAAGUGACCUGGUGCUAAAAAUAAGUGUGUAUUUGUGUUUAUGUAAAGGAUGUUCUAAAAUUGUUUUUUUAUUUCUUUUGUGAAAAAAAAUUUAGAUGAAUUAAAAUGAACAAAAACAUGUAAUUAGUUGUAAAACCUAUUAAGAAGAAAGAAUAUCUUCAUUAGACUAUAUGUAUCCAAUCUUUUAGUAUAAGUAUCCAAUCUUUUGCAUAAAAAUUACCAAUUAUCAUUUAGAUAGUGUUUAAAAGUUAAGCAAGUUUAAUAUUUUGUUAUAAUUUUAUCUUUCAUUAUGUAAAGUAACUGGUUAAGCAUAUUUGAAUAAUUGUUUUAAGCACAUUUUUCCUGAGAAACCCCUACUUUGUCUCAGGGUUGCAAAAAACCGACCUACCCAUUAAAACCCGGGUGGAUUUUACUGGGUAAAACCCACUCUAAAAUGGAUUUUUCUGAAAUUGAUUUAUUUUUUUAUCUUCUGUUAUAUUAAAGAGCUAUUCUAUUGAAAUAUGUAUGUAGUCUAGCUUAAAAAACUGACCUAUGAUGAAAAAACUUUGUGUUUGGAGACUGGGGAGUCACCUUUGCUGGCUAUAUUUGACUGUAUGGCCAUUGAUUAGACAGUGCCUUUAAUUUGCUUUUUAUACAAAAAAAAUUAUUUCCUUAAAUAUUUUUUAAGCUUAAAAUAUAAAUAAAAAGUAAUCCUGUAUAAAAAUAAGUUUCAAAUGUGUGAUGUAUGUGAGUAAAUAUAAUAUUUUGUAUUAUGAUGUCAGAAGAAACUUUUUACAGACUUUUGCACCAAUUUAUUUGUGUUAAUUAUUAAUUGCACUUUAAUUACCUAUAUGUUAAGUCAACUCAUAAAAUUAAACUUAAUUAUUAAUAUUAAAAUAAGGUACUUAUCCCGUCCCUCUCUUUUGAAAACCCCCCCAAUAAAACAUGAAAAACCCAGAAAAGCCCAAUAGAACCCACCCGGGUUGGUUUUUUCAGGAAAAACUUGGGGUUUUUUGCAACCCUGCUUUGUCUAUUUGUCCUAUACUCUGAUAUAUGAUGUGAUUGAUGUAUUUAAAGAGUUUUUCAGUGCAAAUUAAAUGUUUGCUUUAAAAAAACAUUUAUUUUCCUCGUUCAGUAGUAAUAUUUUCUGAUAAUUAUAGGCUUUUUUUCUCUGUUUAGGGAAGAACUUUAUUUGAAUUGCAUAACAAGCCAGAAUUUUAAAUAGAUGAGCAAGCCAUACUUUUAAAUUAUGUUUUACAGCCAGUUUAUUAUUUUUUUAUAAAUAUUUCUGUUACAUCUAAAGCAGCGACAAAGUUAUUCAAAUGUUAAAUACUAAGAGUACUUACUAAGUUUUACAGAUUUUUUAAAAUCUUUGAUAUACUAUCUCUACUUUACGUAAGGCUUUUAAUUUUAAGUUUAAUAAUGUAUUUUAUAAUCUUUCAUUAGUCUUAUAAAUGUAAUGGUAUCUAUCAUUAAAUGUCUCGAAACAGAAUGGACUGUUUAAAGUGACAAUUUUAAUUGUGCUUUAUUUUCUUCAGGAAAAGAUAAGUAUUAAAAUUUGGUACUAAGUGAUUUAUAUUUGAUUGAUCAUUAUACUCAUGCACUCUAUGUUUAUUCAGUUUUUCUAAAAAAUAUGUUUGAUAAUUAUACUCGUGUAUGAUUAGACAUAUUCUUUAGAUGAUUUAAAUAUUUAAUUUUAAUAAUAUUGUUAUGAAUAAAACAGUCUUUUUAAUGCUUUUUUUGAUUAUUUCAUUUGUGAUACUCAUUUAGAUGGUUUAAAUGUUUUUUUCUGUAUUCCAUUUUUCAUAUUAAAAUGUUAUGUAUUUUAUCUAUACAAAAUUGACAUUUUAAUUUUUUGUUCUCUAUUAAUUUUAUUGUUUGCAAGCUGAUUGUUAAAAUAUCAAUUAUCUAAUCAGUCUAAAUAAGCAUCAUAUUUUUAAAGUAAACAUUCCUUAUUUGUAAAUGUUUUUUCAAAGCAUAGAUAUUGUAUUUUAAUCUAUAUAAACUGUAAUCUAUAGGGCUUCUACUAUCUUUUUGAGCUUGUUUUCAUCAUUCCUCAUUUUUUGCUGCAAUUUAUUAAUGACAAUGGACAAUUAAUAUUUGAGUUCAAAACAUGCAAUCUUUUUAUGUUUCAAAUAAAGCAUUUUAUGUGUGAUUUCACAAGAUUUGUUGCAUAUAGGAUUGUUCACUGCCAAAUGUUUAUGUUUUACUCAGUGAAAAUACAAAUAUAAAUAUUUCAGUUUCGUUUCAAUAAAUCCUUUAUAUAAGUUAAAUUUUUUUUAAAAGUUUUUUUUUUAUGUACCACAUCAAAAGUCAAAUAUUGUGGAACAAACCUUAUUGCUGUUCCAUAUGUACAGUGCUUGGAAAAUGCAAUUUGCUUGUAGAUUAUUUUGUAAACGUUGGUAGUCAAUUUUUAUCUAUUUAAUUUUAGAAACAUUUUCUUGAAAAUUUAAAAUUUUAGGUUAGAUUUGCAGUAUUUGUUGUUAAUUGCUUUAUCUUUUUCUUGAGCAAAAUUAGAUUGCGUAGCUUAUAUUAAAAUAGUUCUUUAGAUUUCAUGCUACCUUCCAUAUUUAUUUUGAAGUAACAUGUUGAUUGUACUUAAAAUAUUUACAUUCAAGAUCUCUAAGAUGUUUUUCAUAAGAUAACUUUUUGAAUUUCAGAUAAGUGUUUUAAUAUUUAACUAAUUUAUUUCAAAAAACAGUAUGUUUAAAAUCUCUACAUAUGUAACUUAUUUUAUUUUGUCUAAAUUUUUUUAAUCUUAUCAAUUUUUUCAAAAAUAGUUUCAGCAUAAAUCUCAAUAAGUGGAUAUCUUAACCACAACAAACAUGCCUAAUUUCAUUAGUUUUUUGUGUGAAAUAUCAUUCUUUUUUUAUUAAUCUUAUUUUAAAACUUAUCAUAAUUGAAUUAAAAGUAAAAGUUAUACCAUUAACAAUGAAUUAAUCGCUUGGAUAGAUUAUUGUCUGUUUUAUAAUUAAAAUUUACUUCUGUUUUUACCUUUAUCAUACCAACAAAAGGUUAAACACUAGUUAAAACGAAAUUGUUACUUGAAGUAAACUGAAAGAUUUAGUUUUUUUUGCAACUAUAUUUUAUACUAAUAAAUUUAGUUUUUAUAUACAUGUAUUAGAUUUUAUUUAAAAUACACUAAAAUGUACUUAGUUAGAAAUUAGGUCUAAAGGUUUGCAUUAUCAUCUAAACAUAAUCAUUCAUAUUUAUGAAUAGAGCAAAAAAAUAUCUAAAAUCAUAAUUUAAUCAGUAGUUUUAAAAAUUUAGUUUAAAUUAUUUGAUCAUUUAAGGAUAUUUUUAAUUUUUUAUGUUCUUUACAUAUUUUGGAGGUAAUGAAUCAUUUAAAAACUAUCGCUAGAGAAGUAACUUGAUAGGCGUGGAAUAGAAUGAGACAAAAUAUAAUUUACUUUUUUAAAGCAUUUUUAAAUGUAAUUCUGGUUUUAACUGGGAGUUUAAAAAAUUUAACUUGAUUCAUUAAUUUUCGGAUUGAUUUAUCACUUAUAUUUAUACAUAGUUAUUUCAUCUUUAAAGGUAUCACAGUGGUAAAAGUAAAUAAACAUGAGGGUUGGAACUUUUUCUUCUUCACUGACACUAGUACAUCUUGACUGUCUGUCACAUUUUAGCAACCCUUGUUGAAGGUUUUUGCCCACCUUUUUGUUAGUGUUCAGUAAUGAAAUGCAAAUUCCUCACAAGUUUCUCAUGGACUUAGAUGACUUAUACUGUACAAUCUCUGGCAUAUUAACACUUCAUUCAACUCCAUUAAUCCUCUAGCAAAAACAGUGUGACAUACUACGCUAAACUACCGACUAACACAAGACUCUGUUCUAUGCAUUAGUGCCCAUGUGCUAGGGGUUUGAUGGGCAAGUCCUUUUUCUUUAUAGUAGACUAGGUUUGUAACUAACAAGUGGCAUAAAUGACAUUUUUCAACUUUGUUGCCUGGUACUUCUACAGCAGUGUUACCACUAUUAAGUUCCAACUCUUGUUUAUACUUUAAUAAUAGUUAAUUAAAUAAUAUGUUAUAAUUCUAAAUAAAUUUAAAUAAGUCAGUAUAAUUAUUUAGUAAAUUUAAUGUUUUUUUCCUUACCAAUGCAACAGACUAAAUAUUGAAUAGAUACUAACUAUCGGAGUAUUCUGUAAUAUAUAUUUUUAUUUUAGCUCUAAAAAUGGUAUCUAUAAAAUAGUAUUUUCUAGUAAACUUUAUAAUUUGUAAAUGAAUCCUAAUGUUAGUCCCUUUUUACAAUCUUCAUACAAACUAUACUUUAUUUAAACAGAUUAUUAGUUUGGAGAUUAAAUUCUCUGCAAUCUUUUCAAAACUGUUGAUUGUAAAAUUUUAUGCAAUUUAAGUGUAUUAAAACUUAUUUCAAUGCUUGGAAAAAAUGUAACUUGGGAAAUAUAAAUUAAAUUUAACAUUUACAUUUUCUGUUACUAUAAAAACUAGAACAGAAAAUCAUCUUCAUUACUAUUAAAAAUUACAAAAUAUAUCUUUACUAAUGUUUUGCAUCCAUGCAUAAUUCAGAUGCAACUUGUUUUAGAUUUUGAAAUCAAUGUUUGAAAGAUGUAACAUAUUUAUCAAAUAUUCAUUACACAUUGCAUUUUAUGCAACAUAUGCUCAUUAUUUGAUGUUUGUAUAUAUUUUAAUAAAUGAAGGGAAUUUUAUAGUACCCUGUAGGCUAUGUAUUAAUAAGCUCAAGUUUACCUCUCUUGUGAUUUGUUAGAUGAAUAGAAUAAUAUAUAAGUUUUGAUUUAUUGGUGUAAAUAAAGUGUAGCAUUUUUUAUUACUGUUAUUAUUUUAAUUUAGAAAGUUAAUAACAAUGCCAUUGCUUUUUGAAUGUAGCUUUAAUUUAUUCUUUAUUUAAAAAUAUGCUAAUUUCUAAAUACGUUGUAUCUUUUAUACCUUUGAAAUAAAACUUAAUUGAAAUUA